UUCUGCAUACUCUCGCAUACCUCUCUACUAAAAAUUCUUCCUCAAUCUCAGAUAAUAGAUAUAGUUUCGGGUGAAGAUGGCUGGCGGUGGGGCUGUAAGCUCUGGCAACGGAAAAGCUUAUCCGGGCAAGCUCACUAAACGUGUUCUGGUGACAUGUAUUGUUGCUGCUAUGGGCGGUUUGAUCUUCGGAUAUGACCUGGGUAUAUCAGGUGGUGUGACAUCCAUGGACUCAUUCCUGGAAAAGUUCUUUCCAUCUGUAUACCAGAAACAGAAAGCAGAUAAUUCCACCAAUCAGUACUGUAAAUUCGAUAGCGAGACACUGACGUUGUUCACGUCAUCACUGUACAUAGCGGCUCUCAUCUCCUCACUUGUGGCUUCAUGGGUCACACGGAGGCUAGGUCGAAGGCUGUCUAUGCUUGCUGGUGGCACUCUGUUCUGUGCUGGUGCAUUAAUUAACGGCUUUGCUCAGAAUAUUGCCAUGCUUAUUGUUGGUAGGCUUUUGCUUGGUUUUGGUAUUGGCUUCGGAAAUCAGGCAGUACCACUUUACCUCUCCGAGAUGGCACCCUACAAGUACAGAGGAGCCCUUAACUUCUGCUUUCAAUUAUCAAUCACCUUAGGCAUCCUCAUAGCCAAUUUCUUGAACUAUUGGUUUGUUAAGAUCCAGGGUGGUUGGGGAUGGCGUUUGAGCUUAGGAGGCGCGGUUGUUCCUGCACUGAUCAUGAUCGUCGGAUCAUGGUUUCUCCCCGAAACUCCCAACUCACUCAUCGAAAACGGGAAGCAAGACCAGGCCAGAGCAGAAUUAUUGAAAAUCCGCGGUGUUGACAACGUUGACGAGGAGUUCAAAGAUCUCGUGGCAGCCAGCGAGGCAUCCAAGAAAGUGGAGCAUCCAUGGAGAAACCUCCUGCAGCGAAAGUAUAGGCCACAUCUUGUGAUGGCUCUACUCAUUCCAUUCUUUCAACAGUUUACAGGCAUUAAUGUUAUCAUGUUCUACGCCCCGGUUUUGUUCAAGACUAUUGGCUUCGGGGGCACCGCGUCUCUUAUGUCUGCUGUGAUCACCGGUUCGGUUAAUGUGGUUGCAACUGUUGUGGCUAUCUAUCUGGUUGAUAAGCUCGGACGGAAGUUUCUUUUCAUUGAAGGAGGGAUUCAGAUGAUUGCUUGUCAGGUUGCUGUUGCGAUUCUCAUAGGCCUAAAAUUCGGAACAUCCGGCAACACUAGUAAUCUACCAGAGUGGUAUGCUAUCGUUGUGGUGUUCUUUAUCUGCAUAUAUGUGAUGGGAUUUGCAUGGUCAUGGGGGCCUCUAGGAUGGUUAGUACCCAGCGAGAUUUAUCCACUCGAAAUUCGAUCAGCCGCGCAAAGUAUCACGGUUUCGGUGAACAUGUUCUUCACAUUCAUCAUAGCUCAGCUCUUCUUGAUGAUGCUCUGCCAGAUGAAGUUUUGGCUCUUCAUCUUCUUCUCAUUCUUUGUGGCAGUCAUGACUUUGUUCGUGAUCUUCUUCCUGCCCGAGACCAAAGGCAUUCCUAUUGAAGAGAUGGCAAUUGUGUGGAAGUCUCAUUGGUUCUGGCAGAGGUUCAUUGUUGAUGGUGUUGACAAGGAGAUGGCCAAAGGAGGCUCUAGGGUUAACACUAUUUAA